AUGAUACAUACUCUCUCUCUCUCUUACUCUCUCUCUCUCUCUCUCUCACUCCCUUUCUCUUUUUCUUAUUUUCUUUUUCUCUCUGGUUCUUUUUGCUUCUCUCGCUCUCAAUUUGGAUAUCUUUCCCUAGAUCUUUCUCUUGCUUUCUCUCUUUCUUUUUCCUUCUUUCAACUUUUCUCUUUACCAAUUUUUUUUUCUUUGUCUUUUUUCUCCCUAUAUAUAUCCCCCUCUUUUUCUGCUUCUUUCUCUUACAAUAAUACUACCUCUCCCCAACACUCCUUACUCUCCUUAUCCCCGGACUCCAUAUUCCACCGUUAUUUCUUGCGCCCCUUUGCAUUUGGUUCUCUCAAAAGCGUUUCCUGUUUGUUCCUUAGUCUUUUAUCGACGACCCUCGCCUUUGCGCGCCAAUUUCCAAUCACCGACCAAUCGCAUGCUUGCGUCUUCGUUAAUUGUUCUGGCGUCAUCAAAGCCUCCCUCUGCCAUCUAAUCCUUUCUCCCCCGCACAAUCCCUCCUCCCACUUCGUCAACAGCCAAUCUUUUUGUCUGUCUGUCUAUCUAUCUAUCUAUCUAUCUAUCUAUCUAUCUAUCUAUCUAUGUGUAUGUCUGUCUCAGUCUGUUCAUAUCUAUCUCGAUCUGUUCAUAUCUAUAUCUCUAUAUGUCUCUGUUCAUAUCUAUUUGUCUCAGUCUGUUAAUAUCUGUUUAUCUAUCUCUGUAUCUAUCACAGUCUUCUCAUAUUCAUUUAUCUUAAUCUAUCUAUCUAUAUCUAGACAUCUAUCAUUAUCUAUCUAUCUAUAUAUCUACAACAUCUUAUUCAUUUAUCUAUCUAUUUUUCUAUCUAUCUAUUUAUCUAUCUAUCUAUCUAUCUCAAUUUCAUUUCUUUCUAUUUAUUUAUCUGGCCGUCUAAUUAUCUUAUUAUUCAUAUCUAUCUAUCUAUCUAUCUAUCUAUCUAUCUAUCUAUCUAUCUAUCAAUUUAUACCGAUCUGUCGGAGUCUAUUCAAAUCUCUUCAUAUCUAUCUAUCUAUCUAUCUAUCUAUCUAUCUAUCUAUCUAUCUAUCUAUAUCUAUUCUCUUUCUUUCUAUCUAUCUAUCUAUCUAUCUAUCUAUCUAUCUAUCUAUCUAUCUAUCUAUCAAUUCAUAG